GGGAUUAACUUGUUUUUUGUCGCCAUUAUCUGACAUUUACCGCGUAACCUAUGUGGAUUUGUGCUUGAAUUUAAAUUUUCAUUGGCUUUGCGUUUUGUUUUUUAGUCUUUGACUAAUGUGCGCCGUAGGGAGUCGCACACUGCGGUAACAUAAUAUGAUUUGUAUGGAUAAGUAGCGCACGUUUUUCGCACUGUGAGGGCACAGUGCCGAUGUUCUGUCACGCAAAUGGGGGCCGACGGCAGUAAAAACUCGAAGAGGCCGGUGGGGGACCAGGAUGAUGAGCCCCUUGCAUCUGGAUGGAGAGGGUUUCUCUCCAGUGUGGGUCUGUCCCUUCCUGCCUCGGUGUGUCGUCUGGCCCCUCCAGCUCUGCGGCUCGGCCAUCGUCGGAUGCUCCAGGGAAAAGCUCCAGACAUCCCCGAGCAUGUGCUGAGGCUAGCGGGGGUCGGCCCAGACAAGCUGAGGGCCGAGUGGAGCUUACCAGGCUUCAUCUCCAUGUUCCUGCCAGAGUUCCCACACCGGACUGUGCCUGGACAAGAGCAUUUCCAAGUUAUGAGUUAUAUUGCCAAAGGCUCAUUUGGACCCAUUCUGAAAGUGAAAGACAAAGUAAAACAGAAAACCUAUGCUGUGAAGGUUAUACCUAAAUCAGAAAUCCUGAGACUUGGCGUGUUGGAACAGUCUAAGGAAGAAGUGAUUGUUCAGCGUCAGGUUCAUCAUCCAUUUGUCCAUGACCUCCAGGACUGCUGGCAGACUCAGCGCCACCUCUACAUUAUGUGUGACUACUGCAGCACUGGGGACCUCUACACUUACUGGCAAAUGAAUGGACAGUUUUCAGAGGAUACUGUCAGAGUGUUUGCUGCAGAGCUGGGGUGUGCUCUGGGUUUUCUACAUGACAUUGGAGUCAUCCAUCGAGAUGUGAAGAUGGAGAAUAUUUUGCUGACAGACAAUGGACACCUCCGUUUAGCUGACUUUGGUUUGUCCCGUCGCCUGGAGAGAGGAGGGAGAGCCUUCACUAUUUGUGGCACUAUACAAUAUAUGGCUCCAGAAGUGUUGAGUGGUGGGCCCUAUAACCAUGCUGCCGAUUGGUGGUCUCUGGGGAUCUUGAUUUUCUCAUUGGUUACUGGGAAGUUCCCUGUACCACCUGAAUCUGACCACUGCAACAUGUUAAGAAAAGUUAGACAUUUUCCAUAUGAAAUGCCCCUCAGCUUUAGCCCUCCACUGGCUUUGCUCAUCACAGAGCUUCUCUGCAAGACUCCUAUUCGUAGACUAAGAACUAUUGAUCGAUUUAAACGACAAGCCUUUUUUCGUGGGAUGAGUUUUGACCUUGCCCUUAUGCAGCGGGAGCCUGUGGAGGUGAUUCUGAUGCUGAGGGAGAGGCCGGACCGAGCAGCCAAAGCUCGCAGAGGCCUCACUCUGUCUUUGCAGCCACUGAAAGGUUUUGACUACGACUCCCUGCUUAGCCCAGACACUCCAGACAUUCAGGACAACAGCACCCAAACCCACGUGACAGUACUGCCAGGACCACCACUGCAACCUGCUCAGGAAAAGGGUCCUCGCAGAGAAGUCUUUGUAUGAAGCACUUUGUGUUUACUAUAAAAUAAUAUGCACUAAAGGCCUAUGUGUAAUCACACACAUCCUCACUCUUACUCAAAGCUGUGGUGCACUGUGUACAAACUACCUGAGAAGAUGCCUACAACAUAUAUAAAUAUAUUGAAUUGGUUGAUAGAGUAUACUAGAGUCAUGUUUUCAAAAAAGUAUUUUUCUUCCAUAAUUUACAAAGGUAAUUUUAUAUUAUAUGCCUUCCACUUUUCACAGCUCUUUUAUUUGCACAGUGUUUUGCAAGGAAUAUUGCGCCAUUGUUCGUCUCUUUCCUCGCGAUUGGUCAUGGUUGCCCUUUAACAAAAUGUAACAAAAUACUAUCAGACAUUUCAUUGUUUUCUGUUACACCAUAGGAAUUUCUGGCUCCGCAGGAAACCACUACAGCUCUUGCAGAGGUACAUUUCUUAAGAUGAAUUCUUAUUGUCUUCAUAAUGUGAAAAUGUGUUGGGUCCUUAAAUUGUACAUUUGAUCUAUUUCUGAAUAUUGAUUUGUUUGUGAUACCUUAAACGUCAUUACCUUGGCUGUCUAGAGAAUGAUGCAGCAGAAAUCUACACUUUCUUUAUUUAUUAUUGACCAUAGCAUCAUUUUUGCCUUUUUGUUUGUUGUAAUCUGUCCAAAGUUAUUUCCUUUAGGCCUUGUUUCAUUUAUUUUCACGUGGCUCUCAAGGCUGCAAACUCAAGGCUCUAAAUAUAUACCUCAGUUUGUCUCUUUGAUAGAUCCAGGGCUUUUUCUAUUUCCCUCUUGUAACUGACAUGAAUUGUGCCCAUAAAUACAACCUUUUGCACUUGCCUAAUAAUAUUCUAAUGGAUGUUCACAAAAUCAUUGGUGAUUCUGUGACAAAAUGACUCAAUCUGUUGCUCAUAUAUAAAUUCUGUGUAAAGACAGUGUUGUGUAUAUUUUUGUAAAUGGAGAAUAAAAUUAUUGAACUAU